AGGCUUGAACCUGCCAGCCCUCCACAAGCAAUUGCUCCUGCAAAGCCCUGGAGUCAGCAAGUGGCUGUGAGCCCAGAACCAAAGGCUCCAGAGAAAAGGGGGCAAAGCCUGAGACCCCUCCCUGGCAGGCGGCAGCACUUGUACAAGCUGCAGAUGCUGGACUUGACGCGCAGGCGCCGAGAGGCAGAGCUGAAGCGCAAUCUCCACAGGGAGGCAAAAAUCAAUAAACAAAAACCGAGGGAAUUCAGCCCAGAGAAAGUCCUUGACGCUCUCCAGAGAGGCAACAGCGCUGAAAGCCCAGACCUCAUCCCUGCUGAGCACAAUCAGCGUUUACAUGGAGACAACCACGGUAACCCGUGGGGUGGAGGACUCUCCCGGCAGCAGGAUGGGGCUGAGCUCUCUCCGGGCAGGAGCAGGAAGGUUGACCUGUGGUUCUGCAGGGAGCCGCGGACCAGGGAUGUGUUCUGGGACACCUCCAGCACAGGGUCCGAGGAGUGGGAAAGGGAAGAGAAGAUUUACCGCAAACCUGCGCUUGUGAGAACCAAGACGGAGAGAGUGUCUCUCUUUGGUGACUUCUUUGAUAAGGAUUCCUAG